CUUACGAGUGUCGCAUCGCAUCACAACGCCGUUCCAAUUGACCAGUCGCCUGCUUCCGCCCCCUUCGCGAAGUUUCCGCGCUCCACCAUUUCGCCAUGGCCGGCGGCGGCAUCUUCAGCAGGGCGCUGAGCUACGUCGUCAACGAGUUCCUCGUCGAGGGCCUCGCCAACAACCGUGCCUUCCAGAGGUUUGCUGUGAGGACCAACAGGACUUUGGAGGAUCUCUCAUCUAAAGCUAAACAAGCGAGGGAGGAGAUAUCGGAGCAAUUUAAGGAUGCUCGCGGACCCAAUGAUCGCUUCAAGCAGUGAUACUUGCCAUCAGCGUUCCCGGUCAUCCGUUCUUGCCCUGGUUCGGGAUGCCAUCCGCAAGUGGCCAUUGUAUAAAAUCCGAAUCUAAAGUAUCUUUUUUUCUAUUUAGAAAUCUAGACGCAGUGAAUUAAGUCUGCCCAAGGGAACUAAUUCUAGCGGAGAGACUCUCCUUGGCUGGACCUCGGUUUUGCAAAUUUCUAUGCUUGAUGUUGUUUUAUGAGUAAUAUGUACCAUCGCAGUCUAUCUGUUGUUAUGCCAUUGCCUGGCAAAUCUAUAUAACUCUGGCUGCGUUGAUAACCUGGAAAGAUUUUGACGGUCA